UACCCCAGUACAAUGACUCAAGCAGAAAUUAAACUGUGUUCUUUGUUGCUGCAAGAGCAUUUUGGAGAGAUUGUAGAAAAAAUUGGAGUCCACCUAAUCAGAACUGGCAGCCAGCCCCUAAGAGUAAUUGCCCAUGACACAGGAACGUCAUUGGACCAGGUGAAAAAAUCCCUUUGUGUCCUUAUCCAACACAAUCUGGUGACAUAUCAGGUGCACAAACGUGGUAUGGUGGAGUAUGAAGCCCAGUGCAGCCAAGUACUGCGAAUGCUUAGGUAUCCCCGGUAUAUCUAUACUUCCAAAACGCUGUACAAUGACACUGGAGAGUUAAUUGUUGAGGAACUGCUAUUGAAUGGCAAAAUGACAAUGUCUGCUGUCGUGAAGAAAGUGGCAGACCGACUUACAGAGACUAUGGAAGAUGGUAAAACCAUGGAUUAUGCUGAAGUAGCAAACACUUUUGUGCGACUGGCAGACACACACUUUGUACAACGCUGUCCCUUGGUACCUGCCACUGAGAAAUCAGACACUGGGUCACCACCGCCUGCCCCCAUCCUUGUCAUUAAUGAAAAGGACAUGUACCUAGUUCCUACACUAAACUUGAUAGGAAAAGGUAAAAGGAGGAGAUCAUUUGAGGAAGAAGCUGCUGGGGAGCCCAAAGCCAAACGACUAAAACAUACUACAGAUAACAAAGAGCCUAUACCAGAUGAUGGGAUUUAUUGGCAAGCCAACCUUGAUAGAUUCCACCAGCACUUCCGUGACCAGACAAUUGUGAGUGCAGUUGCCAACAGGAUGGACCAGACCAGCAGUGAGAUCGUGCGGACCAUGCUUCGGAUGAGUGAGAUUACCACUCCAUCGAGUGCCCCUUUCACCCAGCCUUUGUCUUCCAAUGAGAUCUUCAGGUCCCUGCCUGUUGGCUAUAACAUCUCUAAGCAAGUUCUUGAUCAGUAUCUCACUCUACUGGCAGAUGACCCACUGGAGUUUGUUGGAAAGUCUGGCGACAGUGGUGGAGGAAUGUAUGUCAUCAACCUCCAUAAGGCUCUGGCAUCCCUAGCCACCGCCACUCUGGAGUCCGUUGUACAGGAGAGAUUUGGGUCUCGCUGUGCUAGAAUAUUCCGGCUUGUUUUGCAAAAGAAGCACCUGGAACAGAAGCAAGUAGAAGACUUUGCAAUGAUUCCAGCAAAGGAGGCAAAGGAUAUGCUAUAUAAGAUGCUCUCAGAAAAUUUUAUAUUACUCCAGGAAAUUCCCAAAACACCAGAUCAUGCCCCAUCUCGAACCUUCUAUUUGUAUACUGUGAACAUCCUGUCCGCUGCCCGAAUGUUGCUGCACAGGUGCUACAAGAGCAUAGCCAACUUGAUAGAAAGGAGGCAAUUUGAAACCAAAGAGAACAAGCGUCUCCUAGAGAAGUCUCAGAGAGUAGAAGCCAUCAUUGCAUCUAUGCAGGCUACCGGUGCAGAGGAGGAACAGCUACAAGAGAUAGAGGAGAUGAUCACAGCACCUGAGCGCCAACAGCUAGAGACCCUGAAACGCAAUGUCAACAAGUUGGAUGCCAGUGAGAUCCAGGUAGAUGAAACCAUCUUCCUUCUGGAGUCAUACAUUGAAAGCACCAUGAAGAGACCAUGAUCCAGGAGAAGAGUCUUCCUCAAAAGAUCUGGGAGGAGUGGGAGAAAAAGAAAGUUCCUGGAU